UCCUGGAGCCCACUCACGUCCAGAGGCUCCCAAAUGGGGACCUGGAAGUCACCUUCCCCACAGUAGCGGACAAAGACAGGUUCCUUGGCCUUUGUUUUGUGCGUGGGUGAGAGUGUUUAACAAGCCAGGAGAGAUAAGGCCGGAAGUGGUAGAGAGGAGGCUCAGUCGGUUCGGCCGGGUUCUGUUUGCUAGGGAGAAUACCCACCCUGGUACAAAUAAGUUGAACGGGGUCAUGACUCUUAAAAUGAUCAUGACCGAGCCUAUUCCAAGUUAUGUGCACCUGGGUCCUACCUGUUUGCUUGUGCGACACGAAGGGCAACCAAUGACGUGUCGUAAAUGUGACAGCAGGACCCACCUUGCCGCAAACUGCUCUGCUAAAAGGUGCUAUAACUGUGGGUGUGUCGGCCAUAUUAAUGCUGACUGCCCCGAAAGCAGUGUCUGUCAGGGUUGUGGGUCGUCUGAGCACCAUCUUGCUCAGUGCGAUACCUCAUUCUUCCCGGACCCAAGCGGAACCGACGAUGCAGAGUCCAUUCCCGAGACGCCAACGGAGACAACAAUGGCCUUCGACAUAUUUGGCAGCGAAGCUGGAAGCUCAGCCACAGAGGAUGAGGCAACUGCAGUUUCAGAGGACACCACACCUGAUCCUGCUAGUGCCUCGGAACCCCUGGUGACAGAAGGACUGCAGAAUGACAUGAAGCAAACGAGCCUUGAAGAGCCACCAAGUGAACCCGAAGAGCCAACCAGUAAACCCGAAGAGCCACCCAGCCUCAGUACACCUGAAGAACUGUCCAGCAUCCUCGAAGACGCCCAGCCAACCAAGAACUGUUAA